GCGGUCAGUUGUGUCAAUUAUAGGCGUGGACAUAUAGAAUAUAUAAAGAGUAUUUGGAGGCAUUGAAUCUCUCGCUCCUCGCUAUCGUGAGGAGUUUUCGUAAAGCAAAGAGUGCUAAGACGUUCCUCACACUUUCCCCGAAAUGGCCAUCGGAAUCCGCUUUUCCUUUCUCGUGACAGCGUUGCUCUUUAUUUGCUGCAUCCAAGAAGGUCUUUCUAUCAAAUGUUGGGUAUGCAGGUCAGACUCGGAUCCGAAAUGCGCGGAUCCGUUUGACAAUUCCACAGUGCCCAUUACAGACUGUAAGCAGGAACCCGACUUGGAGCACCUGCCAGGCGUAAAACCAACGAUGUGUCGUAAAAUUCGUCAAAAAGUUAACGGGGAAUGGAGAUAUUUUCGUAGCUGCGCUUACAUGGGCGAGCCAGGGAUCGCGGGUGACGAGCGAUUUUGCUUAAUGCGAACUGGAACGUACAAUAUAUUUAUGGAAUACUGUACAUGCAAUAGCAAAGACGGUUGUAACUCGGCGCCCUAUCAAUAUGGCAAUUUGUACCUCUUGUUAAUCGGCCUGAUAACAACCGUUCGAUACGUAUUCGGCGUUUAAAGAAGUCUAGCCAAAGAUUCUUAACAGAUCUGAUUCACUGGAUAGUUUAGAUUUCCGUAACUAUCUUUGCAGUUCAAGAUUCACUUGUACUUACUCAAUACUCCUCUCUCAUUUUUACACAUCGAACGUCAGGAAAGACGCAAACUCCAGCAAUCAAAUAUACAUAUAGAUAUCGUAGUUUUUACUAUGCAAUUUUAUAUGCAAUUUUUAUAAUUUUUUACGCAAUCAAAUGCCUUUUUAUAUCUUUAAAAUAUCAACGAUGGCAAUCUUUAAUAUUUAGAAGAAGGAAUAACUUCCAGGAAGUCAAUAAUUUACCUUGACUUAAGCUACAUUUUAUCAAUAAAUUACAUAUUUUCUAGAAAUAUAUUUUUACUGCUAUACAAAAAAAAUGUAUAUUUGUACUAUUUUUUUCCAUUGUAAUGUUACUAUAGUACAAAUUAUGAAUCUUACUAAUAUCGAAUUAGUCGAUUAUUACAACCCCAGAUAUUAAGGAUAAGACUGCUAAAACCGUCCAGAUUAAUCAUCGCGAUCAAUUUAGUUUUAGCGCGGCAUUUUGCCAUUUUCUUAUGAUUUUUGUAUAUAUUUUCUUAAUAAUUAGCCUUUUACUGCCAUACAAUAUAAACAAGGCAUGAUCUGUAACAUUGUAUCACCGACGUACUUUAUUCGUAAAUAUAAAGCACAAUAUCAUUCAAUAUAUUGUGCUCAAAAUUUACUAUAUGAAGUUGUUAGACGAUUGUAUAUGAAGUUCAUAUAAUAAAAUGAUUUUUGAUAACUGGA